AUGCCUUGCAUCAAAAUCCACUCUUUUGUUCUCGCACAAAAUAAUUUAUUAGCUUUUCUAAACCUUCCUACAAGCCUUGUCCACUCUUGGCUGAACAUUUUUGAAUAAAAACAUCCAAAUCUAAUUCGCUAUGAACUCCUGUUUCUUAUAUUAUUGUAUUGGCAUCCAAAGCUUCUUCGAGGUCAAACUUAUUAAACAAAACAAGUACUACAGAUUCAGAGUAUCUCAUUUCAUUGCUAAUUCUGGUUAGAUCUUCCUUAACUCUCCACAUAUUUUAAAUAUCUGUAGAAUCUAUAACAUAAAUUACAGCAUCUGCUUCUGUGA